AUGGAAUCACUUACUCCAUUGCUGCUACUGAUCAUCAGCGCGUGGUCGCACGGCGAACAUCUGAGCGUGGCAAUCCAGCGUCGCAGCAGCCCGUUCGGCGUGUACGCGAGCGAAUUCGCCGACGAGUACGAGCCCAUCGCGUUCGCUGCCAUCCCGCUGCAUUCGCCGCUACCUGUCCUCCACAUCUUAUCCCCAGCGCCGCUCAGAAUGCCCCUGUACAAGCAUCACCGAGCGCCAGCCAACAAACCUUUACCACCACCUCACCAGCACGUUUACGCGUCUUCAAUGAACCAUCAGAUUUAUGCCACACCUCUCCCAGAAAGAGAUGAGGGGUUUCUAACCCCGGAGACGAUAUUGUACGCGCGGCCCAAUCCCAACGGUGGAUACACCUACCGCCGACGACCUGUCCAUAAAAGAAACGCGCCCAAGAACAAUACCCUGAAGGAGCCGGUUAUCAUCAGGGUGCAUAAAUACAGAAUUAUCAGAGAUUAA